UUGUUGAGCGGACGAUUUUAUCCGGUGCUAUAAAAUCAGCCACGAGUUGGCAAUACGAGGGAGAGUCCAUCUUGACGAGCGGUCGGAAGCUCCGAUUGUGUGAAAUAUUUAACAUCUGAAACGCCACAAUCUACCAUGUCUGACACCGAGCAGCAACUGAUGGAGACUUCUGAAAACGGCCACGAAGGAGAGGACUUGAAUGGAGCCGAAGCGGCGGAGCAGUCAGAAACCGCGGCGGGAGAAGGGGCUGGCGGUGAUGGGCAGAAUGGCGCAACAGAAGGCGAUCAGAUCAACGCCAGCAAAAGUGAAGAGGAUGCGGGAAAAAUGUUUGUUGGUGGACUAAGUUGGGACACUAGCAAGAAAGAUCUUAAGGACUACUUUUCCAAGUUUGGCGAGGUUACGGAUUGCACUAUCAAGAUGGAUCCCAACACGGGGAGAUCAAGAGGGUUUGGGUUUAUUCUUUUUAAGGAUGCUGCCAGUGUAGACAAGGUCCUUGAGCAGAAAGAGCACCGACUAGACGGCCGGCAGAUUGACCCAAAGAAGGCUAUGGCUAUGAAAAAAGAUCCUGUGAAAAAAAUAUUUGUUGGAGGCUUAAAUCCAGAAACAACAGAAGAGAAAAUCAGGGAAUACUUUGGGACCUUUGGAGAGAUUGAGUCAAUUGAGCUUCCAAUGGACCCUAAAUCAAAUAAGAGAAGGGGCUUUGUGUUUAUUACAUUUAAAGAUGAGACUCCAGUUAAGAAAAUUCUGGAGAAGAAAUAUCAUAAUGUCAGUGGAAGCAAGUGUGAAAUUAAAAUUGCCCAACCUAAGGAGGUUUAUCAACAGCAACAGUUUAGUAGCCGGGGAGGUGGAAGCUUCUCUGGAAGAGGCAGAGGUGGUCGUGGUGGUGGUAGUAGCAGUGCCCAAAACCAAAGCUGGAACCAAGGGUAUAAUAACUACUGGAAUCAGGGCUAUGGCAGUCAAGGGUAUGGCUAUGGUGGACAGCAAAGUUAUGGUGGCUAUGGAGGUUAUGGCAAUUAUGACUAUGCUGGAUACUAUGGAUAUGGUCAAGGUGGCUAUGACUACAACCAGGGUAAUACAAGCUAUGGGAAAACUCCAAGACGUGGCGGUCACCAGAGUAGCUACAAGCCAUACUGAUAACACGUUGUGCAGGUAUAAAAUAAAAUACAAGAUCCUGGGUCCCCUUCAUGCUGCUGCAUUAAAUACAGGGGGUUAACUUUCCUUUUGGAGUUGGCAGACUUAAAGACUUGUGCUCCAUUUGUACAGAACAAGUGAGGAACUGGGGAAGCAAGUGUCACUUUUCCACUUUUAUUUUAUAUUGUUUUGUGUCCAUAUACAUUUCCAGUAAUGGAAGUGUUAUUUUUACUGUACUUUUUGGUACCUAUUUUGAAUCUAAUGUAUUGUAAGGUUGUAUUUUACAUGUCUACUGGAUUUACCACAAUAUACGAUCAAAGCUGGGAAGCUUUUGAAAUAAACAAUUUUAAGUAA